UUAAUUUCAUACCCUUGGCUGUACCACAUUUUUCUAUUUGAGGAUUUUUCCAUUCAUUUUGCUUCACUGCAAGUGAAAGUUAUCCUUUGUUAUUCUAGACUGUUUGAUAAACAAGUUCAGAAUUUCAAUCAGUUUACAUUCGUAAUGGAAGGCGAGCAAGAGUUUCCUUCUACCUUUUCUAAACUCAAUGUUAAUGCAGUUGAAUUUGUUCCAAGCUUUGCUGCUACAACUGCAAAAGAACCUGAAGAAACAACCGACGAGAUCUCAAAGCCGAUUGUAGAGACACCGGAAAAUAAUGGAAAUGCAACUGAAAACGAACCAUUAGAUACCUGGGAUGAGGAGGAACCAAUUCUAACUCCUGAUGCCGAUGAUGAAGAUAUGGAAGUCGAUGACGGUGAAGCGAUUGAAGGUGAUCCAUUGCCAAAAGCGUCAUCAAAACGGAAACCGCCAAAAGCUGAAGAAAACAGAAGCAAGAAAGAGCACGUUAAUGUUGUUUUUAUCGGUCAUGUUGAUGCUGGAAAAUCAACUAUCGGUGGACAAAUAAUGUCACUUACAGGAAUGGUUGAUAAAAGAACAUUAGAAAAAUAUGAACGAGAAGCUAGAGAAAAAUCUCGAGAAAGUUGGUAUUUGUCAUGGGCGCUCGACACAAAUCAAGAAGAACGUGACAAAGGCAAAACAGUUGAAGUUGGACGAGCUUUUUUUGAGACUGAGAGAAAACAUUUCACCAUUCUCGAUGCACCAGGACAUAAAAGCUUUGUGCCUAAUAUGAUUGGUGGUGCAGCUCAAGCUGAUUUAGCAGUUUUAGUCAUUUCGGCUAGAAAAGGAGAAUUCGAAACUGGCUUCGAUCGAGGUGGACAAACUCGUGAACAUGCAAUGCUGGCAAAAACAGCUGGCGUCAAACAUUUGGUAGUUUUAGUUAAUAAAAUGGAUGAUCCGACAGUUAAUUGGGAUGUCGAUCGCUACAACGAAUGUAAAGAUAAAAUUCUACCAUAUCUUAAAAAGCUUGGAUUCAAAGCGAAAGAUUUGACUUUCAUGCCUGUCUCAGGAAUAACUGGACAAGGCAUCAAAGAUUCUAUCGAUAGUGCAACAUGUCCAUGGUACGACGGACCGGCCUUUAUUCCUUUCAUCGAUGACCUGCCAUCGCUUAAUCGCAAAACUGACGGUCCAUUCAUCAUGCCAAUUGUCGACAAAUACAAGGAUAUGGGAACGGUGGUGAUGGGAAAAGUUGAAUCUGGAACAGCGAAGAAGGGACAAUGUCUAUUGGUUAUGCCAAACAGAACACAAGUUUCAGUCGAUCAGCUUUGGUCAGAUGAAGAAGAAGUAACGUCUGUGGGGCCUGGAGAAAAUGUCAAAAUUAAACUCAAAGGCAUCGAAGAAGAAGACGUUUCACCUGGCUUUGUUUUAUGCGAUGCUUCCAAUCCUAUUAAAACUGGCAAAAUUUUCGAUGCCCAAGUAGUUAUUCUAGAGCAUAAAUCAAUUAUUUGUGCGGGUUAUUCAGCCGUCAUGCACAUCCAUUGUGCCGCCGAAGAAAUCACAGUUAAGGCUCUUAUUUGUUUAGUGGAUAAAAAAUCGGGUGAAAAGUCGAGAACGCGGCCGCGUUUUGUCAAGCAAGAUCAAGUGGCAAUAAUGCGAAUUGAGUGCUCAGGAAUGAUUUGUCUCGAACAGUUUAAACUUUUCCCACAAAUGGGCCGAUUCACAUUGCGCGAUGAAAAUAAAACUAUUGCCAUCGGAAAAGUGCUGAAAGUCAUUGAAUAAAUUUCGCGCUACAAUGGCAACAACAUGUUAUAAUGAUAAUAUAUCGAUAACAUUUUUUAUACAUUUGCAACGGAAAAAAAUCACAAAAAAAUAUCUUAUACACAAUGGCAUAAAAAUGUUAAUGAAUGAAUGAAUUGCUAAAUACAACAAGUGGAAGAAUGCAAGAAAAAAAGGAAUAUAAGCCGCAACUCUAUAAAAGCAAAUUUUUUAAAAGAUGACAUUGUUAUUUGCUGCGUCGUUCGUUAUUUUCUUCUCUUAUUUUUUUUUUAAACUUUACAUGCUUCAAUUCGAUUCUGUUAGUUCAAUGGAGAAUUGUUUUGAUUUUCAAGUCAGAGUUUUCUGAAUGUGAAGAAAAAUUAAUAAAGAACUCAUGUUCAAAAAAUAGUUUGAACGCUAAAUAUUUGUGACGCUAAAUAUCAAACUUUGACCAUAUUGAUUUCACUCAUCAAAUUUUUUUUAUAAAACUUUCGCGUACAUUUGCUUAUAAAAUACUUAGCAUAGAGUAAAAAAAUCUUAGGUGAAGUGGAUCUUGAGUAAAGGAUUUCUAUAAGCUUUUACUUUUUAUUACAAUUUUAAGACCUACAUCUAUAUUUUCUUUUGUAUGUUUUUUUUUAUAUAAAAAGCCUGUUGUUUUAUGAAGGAAACCAUGUUCACUCGAUAAUAAAUACAAAUAUUUCUCUGAAAUCAUGA